GCCAGAUCACAUGCCAAAAAAUUCAAAGUAGUAGUUUGUAAAGUGAAAGCAAUGGCUGGACGGCGGAAAGAUGACACACAGACACAGUACAGAUACAAGAAUCUAGAAGAAGAAGAAGAAGAAGAAGAAGAAGAAUGAUUCCUCUUCUUUCUUUCCCCUUUAACAAGCCUCCAAAUCAGACUUUUGAAAUUUUGAGUCAAUUAGUCAAACCCAUCACAAACACAAGAACAAGAAAAAACGCAACACAACACAACCACUAGAAACUUUUCACAAACCAGAAGAAGCAGAAGCAGAAGCAGAAGCAGAAGCAGAAGAAAAGAUAUGGUGUGGGACGGUGUACUGGACCUAACCAAGUGGGCGCAGGAAAACAAAACCGACCCUCUCCUCUGGUCAAUCGAGGUCCGCUCUUGCCUCAACGCCGCCGCGGUUCCGUUACCGUCGGCGGAGCUCGCCCACCGCCUCGUCUCCCACAUCUUCUGGGAGAAUCACGUCCCACUCACAUGGAAGUUUCUCGAGAAAGCAAUGGAACUUCGCCUCGUCCCUCCGUUGCUCCUCCUCGCUCUCCUCUCCGCCAAGGUCCUCCCUCACCGCCACGCUCACCUCCACCCUUCCGCCUACGCUCUAUACCUCCACCUCCUCAACCGCCACGCCUUCGCCCUCACACCACUCAUCAGCUCCCCUGAGUAUCCCACCGUCAUGAGAUCCGUUCACCACGCGCUUCGCUUCUCCCACCUCUAUCCUUCUCAGCAACAACCGCUUCAUCCCGGAGCUGUUCUUGUUCAGUUUCUGUUUACUGUUGUUUGGCAGUUGGUUGAAGCGUCGUUGGAGGAUGAGGGAUUGCUGGAACCUAGCUCCAGAUUCUUCUUAUUUGCUGACUCUGAUUCCGCCGCCGCUGCCGUGGAUUCUCGUGCGGCUAACUACUUUGCUGACCACAAGGAUGGGAAUGUUUUGCACCGGAAGAAUACUGCCACUGCUAUUGAGGUCAUUGCACGCUUUCUUCACAACAAAGUCACUUCCAGGAUCCUUUCUUUGGUUCAUCGAAACAUGCCGGCACAUUGGGAACCUUUUGUUCACCAACUGCAGCGCCUUGUGGGGAACUCGUUAGUUUUGAGGAGCUUGAAACAUAUUACUCCUGAGUCUUUGUUGCCUUUGGAUUCCAAGACCAAUGGGCUGUUGUCUCCGGAAUGGAAAGCUACGCCACCGAAGCUGGACCUUAGUGCUGUCAUGGCUGCUAAUGCUGGCUCUCGUGUUUCCUGCGCGCUUCAAUCUCAUCAUGAUAGUUGGUCUUCUCUUUGGCUUCCCAUUGAUCUACUCCUUGAGGAUGCGAUGGAUAGUGAUCAUGUCGCGACAACUAGUGCUGUUGAAGUCCUUACUGGGUUGGUGAAGGCUUUGCAAGCGGUUCAUGGUACUGCAUGGCACAAUGCUUUUUUAGGUUUAUGGAUUGCAGCACUACGAAUAGUUCAAAGGGAGAGGGAUCCAAGUGAGGGUCCUGUACCUCGCCUUGAUACCUGCUUGUGUAUGCUAUUGUGCAUUACAACCCUUGUAGUUGCUAAUAUCAUCGAAGAAGAGGAAGGUGAACUGAUUGAAGAAGCUGAGCGCAGCCCGACAAAUCAAAGGAAGGACAAACAGGCUUUGGGAGAACGUCGUGGGGAAUUGAUUACCUGCUUACAGCUAUUGGGUGAUUAUGAGGAUUUACUCAAGCCACCUCAAUCUGUUAUUUGGGUAGCUAAUCAGGCUGCUGCCAAGGCUACCCUGUUUGUAUCAGGACAUAAUGGAUACUUGGGAUCUAUGAACGUAAAUGACUUGCCCAUGAACUGCUCUGGUAACUUAUGGCAUGUGAUCAUUGAGGCUUGCAUUGCGAGACAUUUGCUUGAUACCUCAGCUUAUUUCUGGCCUGGUUAUGUUAGUGCACCUUGCAGUCAAAUACCUCAUAGUAUUCCUAACCAUUUGCCUAGCUGGUCAUCAUUGAUGAAGGGGUCGCCACUUACUCCUCCAUUGGUUAAUGUCUUAGUUGCAACUCCUGCUUCCAGCUUAGCAGAGAUUGAGAAAGUUUUUGAAUUUGCAAUCAAUGGCUCAGAUGAAGAAAAGAUAUCUGCUGCUACCAUUCUGUGUGGGGCAUCUCUAGUACGUGGUUGGAAUGUGCAGGAACAUGUCGUUUUUUUCAUCAUAAACUUUCUUUCACCUCCAAUUCCUCCUAAAUACUCUGGGACUGAAAGCCACUUGAUUAGCUAUGCUCCAUUUUUGAAUGUCCUUCUGGUUGGAAUUUCACCGGUGGACAGUGUUCAGAUUUUCUCCCUACAUGGUGCGGUUCCACUACUUGCAGCUGCACUAAUGCCAAUAUGCGAGGCUUUUGGAUCAUGUGUGCCUAAUGUGUCAUGGACUGCUGCAACUGGUGAAAAAUUAUCUUGUCAUGGAGUGUUUUCGAAUGCAUUUGUUCUCCUGCUGAGGUUAUGGCGGUUUGAUCAUCCACCUACUGAGCAUGUGAUGGGGGCUGCAGCAACUCCAGCAUUAGGAUCACAGUUAGGUCCUGAGUUCCUUUUAGUGGUUCGGAAUAGUUUGUUGGCAUCCUUUGGGAAAUCACCUAGAGAUCGAAUAAGCAGCAGAAGAUAUUCGAAAAUGAUAACUAUUGCUACAGAGCCUGUAUUUAUGGAUUCUUUUCCAAAAUUAAACAUUUGGUAUCGGCAGCAUCAAGAAUGUAUUGCGUCAACCCGAUCAGCUCUUGCACCAGGAGGACCUAUUCUUCAGAUUGUUGAUGCAUUACUAAGUAUGAUGUGCAGGAAAAUGAGUAGAAGUUCUCAAUCAUUGGCAUCUGCAACUUCAGGAAGCAGCAGCUCAUCCAGCUCUUCAUUGGAUGAUAUUUUAAUGAAACUUAAAGUGCCUGCAUGGGAUAUCCUUGAAGCAGCUCCUUUUGUUCUUGAUGCUGCUCUUACAGCUUGUGCUCAUGGAAGUCUCUACCCUCGUGAAUUGGCUACAGGUCUCAAAGAUCUUGCUGAUUUUCUGCCAGCAUCUUUGGCUACCAUUGUAAGCUACUUCUCAGCUGAAGUAACGCGUGGUGUAUGGAAACCAGCUUUUAUGAAUGGAACUGAUUGGCCUAGCCCUGCGGCAAAUUUGGCCAUUGUCGAGCAACAAAUAAAAAAAAUUCUGGCAGCCACAGGUGUUGAUGUCCCAAGUCUAGCAAUAGAUGGGAACACUCCAGCUACACUUCCUCUGCCAUUGGCUGCUUUUCUAAGUCUCACAAUAACAUAUAAGCUGGACAAAACUUCUGAGCGCUUCCUUGUCUUGACUGGCCCAUCUUUGAUCAACCUUUCUGCUGGUUGUCCCUGGCCUUGCAUGCCCAUUGUAGCUUCUUUGUGGGCUCAGAAGGUGAAGCGUUGGAGUGACUUUUUCGUAUUCUGUGCUUCUGGAAAUGUCUUCAACCACAGAAGGGAUGCGGUAGUUCAGCUCCUAAGAAGUUGCUUCACCUCCACCCUUGGGCUUGGUUCUGCCAGUAUGUAUAACAACGGUGGAAUUGGCGCGCUCCUUGGUCAUGGCUUCGGUUCUCACUUCAGUGGAGGGAUCUCUCCAGUUGCUCCUGGGUUUCUCUACCUGCGAGUUUACAGGUCAAUUAGAGAUGUUAUGUUCUUAACAGAAGAAAUUGUAUCUCUUCUAAUGCUUUCAGUUAGAGAUAUAGCAAGUGGUGGGUUACCCAAGGGUGAAGUUCACAAACCCAAGAGGACGAAGCAUGGAAUGAGAUAUGGACAAGUUUCUCUUGCUGCGUCAAUGACACGUGUCAAGCACGCUGCGCUUAUUGGAGCUUCUUUUCUCUGGAUAUCUGGUGGUGCAAGUUUGGUUCAAUCUUUGAUAAUAGAGACUUUACCUUCCUGGUUUUUAUCAGCACAGGGAUUGGAACAGGAAGUGGAAGAAUCUGGAGUUAUGGUUGCUAUGCUUAGAGGCUAUGCACUGGCAUGUUUUGCUGUACUUAGUGGGACAUUUGCUUGGGGUAUCGACUCUUUGUCAACUGCAUCGAAACGACGACCAAAGAUUCUUGCAAUUCAUUUAGACUUUCUUGCAAAUGCCCUGGAUGGGAAGGUGUCACUUCGCUGUGAUUGUGCAACUUGGCGUGCCUACGUGUCCGGAAUUAUAAGCUUGAUGGUGAGUUGCACGCCACUGUGGAUCCAGGAACUUGAUGUGGGUUUGUUGAAGAGAGUGAGCAUGGGAUUAAGACAGUUGAACGAAGAAGACUUGGCUCUGCGCUUAUUAGAAAUUAGGGGGGCAAGCGUCAUGGGCGAGGUGGCUGAAAUGAUAAUUCAAAGUGAACUUUAACCCUCCAGAACUUGGUUGCAUUGAGCUGACUAAUUAGUGCAUGUUUGGAAUUCACGUAGUCCUCAACAUCAUGUUAACACAAUAGCAACACUACGGAGCUUCUCUGCUAACGUGUUUUGGAGUGUGUGUCCAACACACAUCCAAACAUGCUGUUAUAGUUAGGGAUGUUGAUAUUCUUUAGACUACCAUUUCUGUACAUAGCAAACUAGCAAUGUAAAUUCAUAAGGUUAUAUCAUCCCUUAUAUUUUGAGCAGUUACAUUUAACUAAAUGGAUAAACUUGAGUUAUGAUAAGCAUUACAGUAUAUUUA